AUGAAACUGACGGCCACUGGCGGCGGCGGCACCGGUGGCGGCACCGGUACUGCUAACGGCAACGGCAUAGACCGGGACAUGACAUCUGGCAAAACACCGGGAUUGACGGCACCGGCAGUGGUCACCGGUCCACCACUUGUAGCCAUGGAGGACAGCAGCUAUACGCCCACCUGCGGCGGUUACGUGGGCUCCAACCCGGGUAACCACAACCAUAAACACGCGCACCGGGCGAGUGUCACGUGUGUGGGCCAGAUAUGUACCGUACGUAACCUAUCGCUACUGCGGCGGCGCACAAAGUUUAAAGAAGACAGGGAACGCCGGGUGGCUAAGACCCUGCUCAUAAUCACGUCGGUAUUCCUGGUGUGUUGGUCACCCUUUUUUCUGACAUUUUCCGUGUACAUCGGUGCCCCGGAAAUGCCCUUUCACUUGCAACAAACACUGAUCUGGUUUGGUUUGUGCAAUUCCACCAUAAACCCUUUUAUUUACGCAUACUUUGUGCCCACGUUUCGCCAGACGUUUCGUAAGAUACUGUGCCGUAAAUGA